UAAUCUCAUUAAUCAGCCCCACAAUGAGAUUUGCAUCUUUGACAUGCUCAGAUGCGUCUACAGACUUCAAAAAAAUUGUUCCUUUUGGACAGUUUACCAAAAAGUUGAUCAAUGCCCUUCCUUUACCAUCUGUCCAGAAAUCAGACAUAAUAGAGCAUCCGUAUGUCUUCCAGUGUGCUCUGAAUGAUUCAACAAAUUCUUUUGUUUUGACUAGUUGCUUGUUUAACAGAGUAUGGCGAUAUUGAUGAUAAGUGGGUGCUGGCAUACCUUGAAAAGAAAUGAAAAGAAAUGAAGAAUAAAAUUUCAGUUUAUUGGCCGAAAAAGUAAGGGUAUUACAGAACUAUUUACCUCUUCCGUAAUCUCCAACGGCAUGAAUAAAGGCCUGAAAGCUUGGUGUUCUAACGGCAUUAAAAGCUAACCCGACCUCAUAUCCCCACUCUGCAAAUUUAUCCCAAGCUAUCUCCUUUAAUUUCAGUUUAGUUGGAUUAUUUUUAUCCAACGUUGAUUGUUUCGUCUUCUCAUGAUCGGGCUUUAGUAAGGUAUCCAGUGAUCCUCUAACAUUAGAUUGUUUAAUUCUCGUCUUAGAAGAAUUUGUGCCACUGCCUUGCCCAGUUGUAAAGGUUGAAACUGUGUGUCCACGUUCAGUUUGGUCAUCACCAUCAUCACCAAGCUCACUUUCAUCAUCCCCAUCCAGGAAAGCAUUUUCCCUCUCAAUGAUACAGUCAACUCUAGCUUUUUUUGCUUUGUCAGAUUUUUUUCAAGCAAUGAUUUUGCAACUAUCUUCAUCACUUCAUUGGUUACCUUGUUACAAGAAGAAACAUUUCCCUUAACUUGGGCAAGGUGUUCUUUAAGACGGUGAAUCCCUCCAGACAUUUUCUUAUCACAAAACAAACACCACACUAAAGAUUUAUUAGUAGGAUCUCUGUUCUCUCCCCAUGCUCAUCCUAUAUCAUAAUAUUUUCUCUUAUGUGUGGUAGCAGUAGAUUCAACACCAUUAGAGGCCUGGCCAGACUGAGCAGAGUUCAUGACUGUGAAUGAAAAACAAAAUUGUGAGUGUGUAUCUAUCAUGAAGGACAGUAGAGGGCUGGGCAGAAUAAGAAACGAGGGGGAAAAUGUAGGGUAGGGGGUUGGACAGGGUCACAGGGGAGGGGAAUAAUCUCAAUUUAAUUCUUUAACAAGAGGGAAGAACGAGGGAAAGAACUAACCUGCAGGUCCUUGCUGUUGCAGUCCCAGCGUCGCAGGUCUUCCGCAGUAGCAGUCGCAGCCUCGCAGGUCCUCCGCAGUUGCAGUUCUAGCGUCGCAGGUCCUCCCCAGUAGCAGUCCCCCAGCAUCGCAGGUCGUAGUAGUACCAGUCGCAGCUCGAGGGAGAAGAAUCGCAGCUCCAGGGAGAAGAAUCGCAGCUUUUUGUAUGCGCAGUUUUGUUUAGGUUUAGAAGCGGAUGUAAUUUUUUUUAAAUGCCGAGUACUACCGAGUAAAUCGCCUAUUUGACCCACUGACCGAGUUGCCUAACUCGCCGAGUACUCAGCGAGUAACUCGGGAAAUUAACUCGGACCGAGUUAUGUGCUACUCUGCAAGGUCAUAGGCCGAGUAGGGAGUACUCGCCGAGUACUCGCCGAUUAAAUAACCCAGGAUACAGGUACCUACAAAAUCUCCAAUUUUAUUAGCCGAAAUAUUUAUAUUCAUUUCACUAUAUAAUAUACGCUAACACUUUAUUUUUGAUGUUAUCAUGCAGCAUGACUAUGCUGUGGAGGAUAAUAUGAAAAAACCAUUAUUGAAAAAGUUGGGCAAAAUGCACCGAGAUUGGAGAAAUCGAUUGCGAUCAGGUUUCAUAAAUAAGACUCGUCAAGUGGGAAAGGAUUGUGGGGAAGCUUUUGAGAAGUAUAAAGACCAACUUACCAAAGAAGAGUGGGAUAGUUUCGUGGCAAAGACUAUGACUCCUGAGUUUGUGGCUUUGAGCGAGAAGAAUAAACAAGCUUCACUUCAUAAUAUCUAUCCUCCUCAUAUGGGUCGUUCAGGAUAUGUUCUUUCCAUACCGAAAUGGAAAGAGCAAGGAUUAUUAGAUCAGUUUCUUACCGGUUCAGAAGUAGAUUCAACGAACUCUAGCACAACCACUUCUGGUGAUAUUCCAAGACAUGUCACUUGGUUUUGUGCAAGGUCUGGAUUAACAGCGGAUGGUCACAUCGUGUUUCCUGGUAAUACUGAGGGCAUGCGCGAGAAAAAAGAGAAGUUGGAUAAACUUCAAGAAGAUGUAGCAGCAGGAACGUGGAAGCCAAGCGGUCGACAUGAUAUAUUGACGGAGGUUGUUGGGAAGCCUGAUUACCCUGGACGUGCACGUGGCGUCGGUGGUGGUGUGGGUUAUACACAUGUCUUUGAUCGAGAGUCGAGAAGCACACAUCGAGAUAAGGUUGGUAAUUUGAGUGAUGUUGACCUAAAGCAGUUGCAAGAGCGUUUGAUGAAAGACAUGCAACAUUACUUUGUUCCAAGAAGUGAAGUGCCUAUCGGGGAUUCAAUGCCUGCUUCCGAGGCGGCCCACGUGGAUACUAUGAACUCUGAUGCACCCCAUCUUAAAAAAACAUUCAUUGAUGGUGCAUCUUGUAGGCUUGCUGUUGAGUCACACACUUAUCCUGGUGAUAAGAGUUUGGACUUUGUGGUCAUGGCUGUAGCCAACAACACGCCUGUUGGGUCGUUAAUCCAUAAUGUACCGAUGUGUGAAAACACAAUCAAAGUGAACAUAUGUAUGGCAUAUCGAGAGUUUGAAGACUGUCCAUUGCUUUAUCCUAAUGAAGCCGCUGAUAUGAAUGUUGUAGCAGACGCUGUAGGUUCAUAUGUUCAAUGGCCAUCUCAUUUGGUUUUUUUUGAGGGAGAGGUAAUGAAGUUAUUGUUUCAUAUUUUUUACUUUUGUUGCUUAUUUCGAUAUGAAAUUCUUUCAUACAUUUUUAUGUAAUAAUUAUUUUAGGAACCACCGUCUAAGUAAAAAAAGAAGGAUGGAGCUAAGAACAAAGUACCCUUUAUCGUGAGAGAUUCACCAAAAGUAACGGUUGAACCCAGCUCACAUUCAUUGGUCAGUGAAACUGUUCUUCAUUCACUUACAGAUGAUCUUUUAAGAUUGCAUGAAAAUCUUGAGUGGUAUGAGCCCGAUCUUUGUAAAUUUUAUAUUCCUCUUCCUGCGGAGUUGUUCUGUUAUAUUGAUGAUAAACAAUUUGGGACCGUUGUUGACCGUGAAGACUUGAGUCAAUUUCUUGAGAGUGAUUCUGUUGAUCUUUCAAUUAUUCAGACCUUUAUGUUGUAAGUAUUAUAAUAAGUUUACAAGCACUCUUGAAUAUUUGUUAGACUUAAUUACUAUUGACUAAUUAUUAAUAUUAUAAUUUCACAUGCAUGUAGUUGUGUAAAUGCAAAACUGAUUGAGUUUGGUCAUGAUGAUGUGGGUCUUUUGUGUCCUUGGAUUUGUUCUUUUAAGUAUUAUCAAUUGGAUAAAAAGGGCACACUGACUUACAUGAAGCAUGCUCUAAGUGAAAUGUUUGAAAAGAAUAUCAUUCUCUUGGCAUAUAAUGAAGGGUAUGAUUCAUAUAUUACAUUCACUUUUACAUAUUAUAUUUAUUGAUCGUGACAUAUGAAAUAUUAACCCAUUUUCUAUUCUCUUUAGAAAUAUAGGUAUCAUUGGGUUUUGUUUGUAAUUUGUCCAAAGGUUGAUAAGGGCUAUAUUUUCAAUUCAUUGCCAAGUUAUUCCAAUAUUGCUAUUCAAAAAGAUCUUACGAUGUAUGUAUUUUUAAUGAUUUAGUUGUGAUAUUUAACAUUUAUAUUUAACAUUUAUACUUGUAUGUCAACAUUGAGC